AUGUCUUACUGGUCGAAGCGUUGGUUUAGACAAAGGGAGUAUGGAGGUGUAUGCUAUGGUUGCGGGUAUUCGAGUCUUAUUCUCCAAUUUGUCUAUGAGAAGGAAGGUAUUUUGGUGCCAGCUGAUGAACCUAAAGCUGAAUUCUUGAAGUAUCACUACCCCAGGGCAAUUGAAGAUGAUGUUGAUCCUAAGAAUCAUGUAUUGGAGGCUUAUCUACUUUGCAUCAACAUUAAUGAUGGACUUGGUAUUUUGCUGUCAAAACCUGAUGAAGGCUCUUCAAAGAAAUAUCGGAAGUCAAACACUAUCUUAACUCCUGAGAAAACUGAUAAAGACACAACUGUUUCUAAGUCACCAAAGAAACAGCCUGUAGAGGUGGUGAAAGUUUCGAAGAAGUCUAAGAAAUCUCAGGAAACUACCCAACCUGAUUUUACCAAGAAGCUAAUUCCAACAAAAUCUGGUGUCUUAAAGCGUAUCAAAAAGAUGUCUUAUAAAGCCAAAACAUAUCCUGAAAGGUCAUCUAGUUUUCCACCAUCAAUGAUUCGGAAGCCUCAUGUAACAAGAAAAGGUGUUGUUCUUCGUGAAGUUCCUAUACUUUUUUUAACAUCAUCAAAGAAGCGCAUGGCUGAGGAUGUUGCCAAGCAUAUCUCUAGCAAGACCAAGAAGCUAAAGAAGAGAAAGUUGAUUCUUCAAGUUGAUGAAGACGAAGAAAUUGUUCCUGAUUCUCCACUUGGAGUUUUGAAUGACGAGCAUCUUGUUGCUUCUCAAGGUAUUCUUGAAAUUGCCACGGUUCAAACUGACACUUCUUUACCACUAAUAAUCACCUCUAUUUCUCCAACCACUCAUUCUCCUACUUUUGAUAUGGUCAUUGAUAAUCCCAUCACUUCUCUCUUUUCAUCCCAAUCCACUGACCCACCUAAACCUCUUAACGAUGAUGAUACUGACAAUGGAGGGUUUGGACGUUCAUUUGUUGAUUUAGAAUUUAAUCUCGAAGAAGAUGAUAUCCCAGAUCAUAUGUUGAUGUUCGGGAAGCAGUUCGAGAUUUUAAACAAGGACCUCAAUUUCGUACUUCAAUCCUAA